UUAUAUGAAAAAUAGGGUGUAACCACUACCAUAAGUACAGUGUUCUUAGAAGAAAUUCUGUCUGUUAUAAGAGGGAGAAAAGCAGCAAUUGCUGCUGUUUAAGUUCACACAGCCUUUUUUCUGGAAUACCAAGUGUUUUGUGAGUUAAUCAACAGGAGGCUCUUUUAACAUAGGUGAAGACAGUUCCGUGACAGCAAAAGAGGAGAAGAGGCAGCAGGAGGAGAAAGAAGAUUGGUUAAAAACAACCCAGACCAAGGGAACUGAAAAGUCAAGAGACGCCUGAGGACAAGACGAGGAGGGAGCUAACACCAGAAAAAGCCACAAUCCACCCCAAGACGAAGCUAUAAAUUCAACCGACAGCACAGCCACAAUCAGAAAAAGCCAACAUUAUCAGGCUGGCACUGACGAGGUCGUUGCAGGUAAGAAGUCAGCUGUCCUGGAAUCAUCAUUAGCUUACCAGCAGCUGGUCUCUUGUAUGUCUCUCUCAUGACUGUUGCUACUGGGGCUAUAUCCUCUGAUGUUGUUGAUGUAUUUUACCCUCUACACAAUGUUUGGGAAAUGUAGAACCUUUAAAAAACCUUGAAGGGUGAUUGUGCAAAUGUGCUGUCUGUCACAGUCACCACAGACCAAUCAAAGUGACAAAACAUUCAAGAAGUAGCGUGACCACUCCAGAAAGUACAUAACCCAAGCCUGAGUGGCAGCUGUUGUUUAUGUUUACUAUAAGUGGAGCCUGUUAAAUUCUUAGGGUGUACUUACACUAGGCCAUCUGUACCGUGCUGUAUUCUAACUGUGCUGAAGCCCAUUUGACCCCCUCCCCUGUCCCCUCUGUGGCCCGCACUCACACUGCUCAACGCAUCCAGGCCUAGGCACGGAUACGUCACAUGCCGACAUCAUUACAGUUGAGUUGAUGACUCAGUAUGUAUAAGUGUUGUUUUUUAGGCUGUAAAAUAGUUACAGAUAUAUACAAUAGCUGAUCUAACACCAGAAUUAUUUCCCCUGACCUGGAAUCAGCUGUAUUAAUUAUACAGAGCCCAGUAAGGAGAGAGAGAGAAAAAGUGGUUCAUAGCGGAGAGUUAUCACUCACAGCAUAUAAUCUGGAGCCUGCUCAGAGUUCCAAGCACUUCUGCUGAAUGAAACCCAGACUUUUUAACUCGUAUGAGCCCCUACAGUCAUUCCCCUGUGUCCUUGUACUAUCUGAAUCCCCUUAGCAUCCCUUUAUGCGCCACAAACUAUGCCUUUUCUCAGCGUAAUCCUGGAUGCCUGAUGCACCAAACAAGCUCUCAUGUGUCCAGAGUAAGAUUAAAUGUUCAAUUAAAAGCUUUUUUUUUACCAUGACAAGAGCAAUUUUAACCAUCUGAUUAGAGCUGGAGGUGAAAACGCCUCAGGAUUAAUAAACGAUGCUCCGUUCAAACGUCAGCGAUCGAGAUCCCAAUUUCACUUCUUGGUGACAUGAUAUAGAAUUAGAGGUAAGUUAAUUCAGUGGAUGAUAGUUUGGCAUUAUAAUUUUUUAAUAAGAGAGGUUAAAUCAGCUACGUGAUUAACCCCGGCACACACCUCUCUGCGUAUUUGGCACUUUCCUUUAUGCACGGAAGAUGAAAGGUGUUUGUUAUCCUGUGAGCUGCUGUUUGUGACUAAAACAAGGGAAGAAGCUUUAUUUUACAAACCAAAAAUCGUCUUACAGUCAUUAAAGCCUGACUUUGCCAGAAACUGGUCAGAAAUGUGGACUGGACUGGGAUCCUGCUGUCUCUAGCCUGCAGCUGCUGCUUGGUGGGCUCUCUGAGGCGGGUCCUCUUGUUGUCUCAUUCCCGCGCUUGUGCUCCUCUUAUUUGCAUCCGUGCCGUGCCUAGGCCCACCUUGUCCAUCCGUGCCGUGGCCACGAAGCGUGCAGCGCUGAAGCACGGAACGAUUGCACUCACACUGGCCAAACGUACCAGACUUUAGGCUGAAACGGGCCCAGGCACGGUACGGAUGGCCUAGUGUGAGUACACCUUUAGGCAUUCAAGAGGAGAACAAAAAUGUCUCUUCCACCAAGAAAGGCUUUCAGAGUGGUUCUUUGUGGUUCUUUAAACUAAACCACACCUGUAACCACCACCUCAUUCUCCUUAAAUGACAAUGGUCCAGUCAUUUUCUGACUGGUAAAAAGCACUUCAGCUUGCUAGAUGGAUCUACCCGAUGGCGGACAAGGAAGGGAGAAAGGAAACACAUUGACUCUGUAAUGGGCUAGCAUGUGACUCUGGCAGAAAUGCACAAUUAUGCACAACAUUUUUCACACUUUUUUUUUUUUGCAGAACUUGAAAAUGAUUGAAAAUGAACAUGAAUUUUAACCCCCUCAUAGUAGCUGCAUCCCAAGCCGUCUGUAUAUUAUAUUAUAUUAUAUUAUAUUAUAUUAUAUUAUAUUAUAUUAUAUUAUAUGCCUGACUUAGAAAUAUAAAUUAUUUAGUGUCUUUUUUUUCAGUGAUUAGAUACACUCAGGAUCAUUUCUCUACACUGAUGGCACAAAGGAUGUUUCAUGAAAGUGGGGAAGAUGGCCGAUCAGUCCUGGGAACACUUGCAGUGCAGGUGGAGAGAGACCCUAAGACAGGUGCCUCUGUCGUCAGGUCAGUGACCCCUGUGUCCACACCGGCUGGUCCUUCCACAGCCACCACUGUCUUUGAUGAUGGCAGGAUGAGUGUCCACACUGUGGGUGGAGUGGGAGGUCAACCCUCUACUGAAGAGCUUGGGCAGAUAUUGAGUGUCAUUGAUGGGGUUGGAAUUAAAGUGCUGCUGGAUGAGGUUGAAGUCACAACAAAUAGGGCAGGGACAAAGACGGAGAAUGAAGAAGUCAGGGAAAUUCCAGAGGCAAAUGUCCCGUCUUUUUCUGCCUGUCAUGCCAUGUCAGAGGAGCACAAUACACAGUUUGACAGCUCCAGAAGCUACAAAGCUGAGCCGGAGAAAGAGAACUAUGCUGUAAGCAUGAAAAACGAGGAAGAUCAAAAGGUGGACAGUAGCAUCACUGCAGUCAGUGACAUUGUAGGAGGCGUAAAUAAUGUGGUUGAUGAAAAGCUGGUGGAAGGCCCAGUCACUCUUUUGUUUCUGGGAUACACUGAUGACACAACUGACCAGUGUCAUGACCCAGAGAACCAUGAAGGCAUGCUCACUGCAGAGCGAGUGAUGAUCACUGAAGAAGGAGAAGAACAUGUCUUAGAACCUGAAACAUUACUUCCAGAAAGGGAAGCCCCCAAAGAAGUGUUUCAGGAAGUUCCUUUAGAAGGAAACGGGGCAGGAAUUAAAGUCCAGAAAGAGGAAGGUGAAAAGGUUCUGCAUGAUGCAUCUUUACCUGUUAAAGCAGAGGAAGAGGCCACCUCCCAACGCAAGACCUGUCAGUGUUGCUCUGUCAUGUAAGAAAAUGAUGGUGACGGAUUCUCUCAACAGCCCUUGUCUUUUUAAAUGUAACUUUUGUAUUUGCAUUGAUGCCUUACUGACACAGAUGUCAAAAAAACAACACUUGGUAUGACCUUACACUGGCUCUGAUCACCACCUAUUCCAAAGAGAAACAUUAAUUUUUUUUUAUUUUUUUUUAUUUUUUUUUGAGCCUUGGAUAAUAGAUUUGGACUGUCAGCUGCUUCCAAAGACAAUUCAAAUCCACUUCCUCCCUCUGGUGGACAAAGCUGGGAAUUUCAACAGUUACUCUCUGCCUUUCAACCCCUACUGUGUCUUUAUAAACUCCAUUUGUUCAGAGUUAUUGGCCUUAGGAAUGGGAAAAGCCAAGGAUUCAUUCAGUGUUUGUGCUUCAUUUUUUUCCUUUUUUCCUUAAGUUGUUGUUGAACAUGUUAAGAAUUUAGUGAAAUUUGUGCUUUUAUACUUUAAACACUGUGCUUUCUAAUCUCAAAUACUGUUAAGGGCUGUGAACACAUAAGACACUAACAAUAUUUCUGAGUUUUCAUGUUCUGAUUGGAAUUUUGUAUUCUCCAAACUACCCAAAUUUCUUCCCAUGAGUUUCUUUAACAGGUGUUUUUUGGUGCCAAAAUCCCAAAAAUAAUUGCAUAAAAUUUAAAGAAAUAUUCUCAUUAGUUCCUGAUUACUUAAGAAGGAAGAUACUGCAAGCAGAUGGUUAGCUUUAACUCAGUGGAAAGAAAGGACUUACUAAAGCUCCAUGACACUGCAACAUGUUUUCUUUUUAAUUAAUUAAAUAAACAGGAUUAAGUAUAA